AAUCCCUGCUCUGCAAAAUGAAGUUACCUCCCUAUUCAACGUUUCCCUUUCUUUUUGCAAUUCUGUUUCAAUUUUCAUGGGCUAUCACAGCUCGAUCACAUGAGAAAUUUCUUUAUUGUCUUUCCCUUCAUUCCAACGACUCAUCUUCCAUUUCUAGAGUCGUUUACUCAGAAAACAAUCAUUCAUAUUCAUCUAUUUUGGAAUCUUCUUUUCAAAAUCUUAGAUUUUCCACAAUAGCUACCCCGAAGCCCUUAGUCAUUGUUGCACCCUUGCAUGCAUCUCAUAUCCAAACAACAAUCUACUGUUCGAGAAAACAUGGUUUGCAAAUUCGAAUUCGAAGUGGUGGUCAUGACAUGGAAGGUCUUUCUUAUGUUUCGGAAGUUCCAUUUGUCCUUAUUGAUUUGAUUAAUCUUCGAUCAAUUGAUAUCGAUGUUGACAAUAGUGUUGCUUGGGUUGAAGCCGGAGCGACAAUAGGUGAACUCUAUUACCGGAUUGCUGAGAAAAGUAGGACUCUUGCCUUUCCAGCUGGUACUUGCCAUACUGUAGGUGUUGGUGGGCAAUUUAGCGGAGGAGGUUACGGCACAUUGUUCAGAAAAUAUGGUCUUGCUGCAGAUAAUAUUAUUGAUGCUCACUUAAUUGAUUCUAAUGGAAGAAUUCUUGAUAGGAAAUCCAUGGGAGAAGAUUUAUUUUGGGCAAUCCGAGGAGGUGGAGGAGGUAGCUACGGGGUUGUCCUUGCUUGGAAAUUGAAGUUGGUUCCUGUUCCAGCAAAUGUUACAGUUUUCACAGUCACAAGGACAUUGGAACAAAAUGCAACCGAACUUAUCCACCGUUCACAAUAUGUUGCACACAAGCUUCCUAACGAUCUGUUUAUAUUUGUUAGCAUAUCAAGGGUAAAUUCUGGUCAAGAAGGAAAGGAAACAAUUCAAGCUGUUUUUAGAUCCUUGUUUCUUGGUGGGGCUGAUAAGCUCUUUUCAUUGAUGGAAAAAAGAUUUCCCGAGCUUGGAUUAGUGAAACAAGAAUGCAUCGAAAUGAGUUGGAUUCAAUCUCAUCUUUACUUUUCUGAUUUUCCAUUGGAACGCUCGGAGAUUUUGCUUGAUAGGACUGCAUUUACCAAAGGUUUUAUAAAAGUAAAAUCUGACUAUGUAAAGGAACCUAUACCAAAAAUUGCAUUUGAGGGGUUGUGGCGAAGGUUUUAUGAAGAAGAAGGAAGAUAUGCUGCAAUGAACUUGAUACCUUAUGGGGGGAAAAUGGAUGAGAUCCUAGAGACUGAAACUCCAUUCCCACAUAGAGCUGGCAAUCUGUACAAAAUCAUGUAUACUGUUGCUCGAGAAGAAGAGGAAAAUUUGGAAUUUCAAAAGUACAUAAGGUGGAUAAGGAGAUUGUAUAGUUACAUGACUCUCUAUGUUUCAAAGUCUCCUCGGGAAGCAUAUAUCAACUAUAGAGAUCUAGAUGUCGGAGUUAACAAUAAAGACAACACAAGUUAUGCGCGAGCAAGCAUUUGGGGUUUUAAAUAUUUUAAGAAUAACUUCAAUAAGUUGGUGCAUGUGAAAACAUUGGUUGAUCCAGAGAAUUUUUUCAAGCAUGAACAAAGCAUCCCUCCUCUUUCGUCUUGGUAAAAGAAGAAAGUUUACUGUAAUAUCCUCCAAAAUAAAAUGGUUAAUGUUUUUCCUUUUGUUUACUUUUUAAUUUGAAUACAACAAUAGAAUAAGAUUCUUAAAAUCAA